GCCCCUCAAAUCCCUAAAAUCAGUCGUCGUCGCCGCCGCCGCCCCAACGCUUUCCCUACGAAUCACGCCGCCGGAGCCGAGUACACAGCCGGCCGACAUCACCCCAGCGAGUACCGCCGCGAACCACCCUCACUAGUGUGAUUUCCGCCAUGGGGAAAAUGACGAAGUUGGGCGCCGUAGCCCCUCUGAAGAAACGAAGCAACAAAGAGCGAAUAGCGUCUAAUUCAGCUCAAAUCGCGGCGAUGUGGAAGAAAUUUGAGGAGACCGAGCGGGUGUUGGAAGCCUUUUCCCGAAGCCAGGGAUACACGUGCUUAUUGGGGCCCUUCAUGGGAGCGCUUCCUCCGUUACCGGCGGCCCCUAUAGUGGACGUAGACAGGGCGAUCGCCGAAACAGACAGGGCAAUGUCCGAACUGCAGAGGGCAAUGAAACACACGGAGAAGAGGGUGAUAGUCAUGUGCCGCAGCCUCGGGUUAGCAUUCCCAAUUGGGGCUUCUUCCAGGCGCAUGCAUCAACCCUAAGGCAGAGGAGUCAUCCGCCGAUCCCACACCUUAGUUUCUGUGCUAAGUUAUGCCCUCCUCCAAUGGCACCCAUGUAUAUCGAAGCGAGCGGUGGAUCGAGGGAGAUUAGUGUGGUUUUGAGUUAGACUAUCAUUUUCCAGACCAGGUAGUUAUUUCGAUUUGUCACACUGAUAGUGAAUCAAUUUAGCGGGCUAGCACCAUAGUCCAUAGCACAUUAUGCUUCUCGAGAAAGAUAGUUAUCUCAUGAGUGAUAGUCACCUACUAGAGGGUAUAUGUAUUCAAGUUGGAAGUUUUGCUGCUUUUUAUCUGAGGUAAGUGGUAUCAUCUCAAACCAUUACCAUGUCAAAGCAGAGUCUGCUCUUGUCAUUUUGCAAGGGAAGCGUGCUAUGUGUACAGCAAGCUUGAAUUAGUUGUAUGCAUUAUCAGGCUGGAUGUAAGCAACCGUGGCCUUUCAUAUUUCCGAGCUUUGACAUCAGAUUCAGAGGCAGAGUAUUCAGAUUUGAUGGAAUUCAAGGUCACACAAACCUUCAUAGGCAGAUCUUCCACGAGUAAAGUUCUUGCAUUUCUGCAAAUGCCGCGCAUGAUGAGCAAGACAUCGAUUGCAAGCGGCACCGAUGACGCCAUCCUCACAAGUGGACCGGCCUUCAACAGCACCACGAGGCGACGUCGGAGGAAAGGUUACCACACGGCCGGUGGGUCUUCCCUGAACCGAAGGGUAACUUGUGAAUACCACCAGUAUCUUGAGAGCUUGAUCGACGAAACCGGAGAACGUCGUCGGGUCGUCCACCCGAACGGUGCUGCAGAUCUUUUUAUGGGAAGUAGCCGCGCUCUGGAACCCGACGAGGAGUGUGAUUAUGAAUAUCAUUGGGGCUGCAGAAGGAUAUGAGGAGUAAUAGUGCCCCAUUGUAUUUCAUAUUUCUCAUUCAGUGCUUUCUUUCAGAUGAGUUUCCAAGCUUUUUAUAGGCUUAAAAAUGGCUUCUCGAUCGAUCGAUCAUCUUUGGCUUCUCCCUCGAUGGGCAGUGGUUUAGUUGCUCCGGCCUCCGUCUUUCCCAGCGUUGAAUUUUGGCUACUAGCUUAAGUAGGGAGAGUAUACUGGCACUCUUCCCAGAUUCGGCCGGCCAAGAAAAUAGAAGAUUGGACUUAGUGAAAUCUUCCGACAAUAGUCUCCAUGGAUAUAGUUUUUAUAAUUUUCUAAGACAACAAUACAAUCAGUUAUGUUAACAUCAUUUGAUUGAGCUCUGGACCGAAACAGUAUUAACCCCGAUCAAGCGAGGUCAACCAGAAAUUGGUUUCGGCUUGACCACUGAGCUGGACGGAUUUUUGGGUUGAAAAACCGCCGGAGCUCAAACGGAGCAGCUUUUCUGAGUCUGAAUUGAAACUAUGGAUGAAAGUGAGGAUCAUUUCGGAACACUUCAAACACUUCUAGUACCUAUAGGUAACUUAUAAAUUCUGAUUGCAUUAUCGCGGGCUUCUCUGUUCGCUCUUUCCUUUCCUUCCCCAAAAGGGCAACUGAGAUCACAGACGUCGCUGCAUCGCCGGAGACCGCCAGCGAAUCGACCUCAGUGGUGGUGGUAUUUCAGCCAUGGGGCAAAUGAAAAAGCUGGGAGCCGUGGCACCGCUGAAGAAACGGAGCUACAAGGAGCGGAUAGCGGCUAGUUCAGCCAAACUCGCCGAGAUAUGGAAAGAAUUCGAGGAUUCCGAGCGCGUGUUGGAAGCCUUUUCCCGAAGUCAGGGCUACACGUGCCCGAUCGGGCCAUUCGAGGGAGCGCUCCCUCCAUUUCCUGCGCCGGGGGCCCCUGUGGUGGAUGUGGAAGCUUCACUCUCCGAAUUAGAGACGGCAGUCGCCGAAGCGCAGAGGGCGUAUAAGCACACUAGCCAGAGGCUGGAAUUAGUGUGCCGCAGCUACGGCUUACCAAGCCCAUUUGGCCCCUCCUCCAGGCCUUAGUUUUCUGCCCGGAGCAGCUACUGGUGCAAACAUGCAGCUGAUCAAGGGUGACCGUGGCGGGAUGCUAUCAAUGUCUGACGAUAGCGUGAUGAUGAAGCAAGUGCAGGCGACUCAUGCACCAGACGGCAGAGAAGUCGAUGUGGCCCCACUUCUUCACCUAGUUGAAGACAUCCUCAAUCGCGCCACCCUUCAAGUUGAACCGCCAUUGCUGAAGGCUGGCCAAGCACAUGCAGAAAUGGAGGAGAAGAACCACCAGAUCAGCUACUCCAUAGUGCUUGAUGCUCUGUCCUAUGUCAUUGACAGAAUUUCUUGUGAGAUAGCCUACAAGGCACUUGGAGGAGCAGAUGCACACGGCACAACCAUGACAAUACUCGAGACACUCACAAGCUUCCAAUGGGAUGCUAAGCUGGUGAUGACCUUAGCUGCAUUUGCACUCCACUAUGGAGAGUUCUGGCUCCUUGCACAGAUCUACUCCUCAAACCAGCUUGCCAAAUCCAUGGCCAUCCUGAAGCAACUCCCCACAAUCCUGGAACAUUCCGGUCCAUUGAAGCCUCGAUUCGAUGCCUUGAACAAGCUCAUCAAGGCCAUCCUGGAGGUUACUAGGAGUAUGGUUAAGUUCAAGGAGCUUCCACCUUCAUAUAUCUCCCAAGACGUACCUGCAUUGUCAGCGGCCAUGGCCCAUGUUCCCGCUGCUGUCUACUGGACUGUGAGAGCCAUUGUGGCUUGCGCGAACCAGAUUACUCUGCUCACCACCAUGGGACAUGAGUAUGGGUAUGCACUUACGACUACAGAGUCAUGGGAGCUGUCCACAUUGGAACACAAGCUCACCAACAUACAUGAGCAUAUGAGGAAGGAGUUAGCUACAUGCCACCAACACAUAGAUGAGAAGAGAAGCCUUGAAGAGUACAAAAUGCUGGUGGAUAUGUUUGAGAUGAUCCACAUUGACAACAUGAAGGUGCUGAAAUCACUGAUUUACAGCAAGGAUGACAUGCAACCACUUGUCGAUGGAUCUACCAAGAGAAGGGUCAGCAUUGAAGUGCUGAGAAGGAAGAAUGUCCUCCUACUGAUAUCAGACCUCAACAUCUCCAACGACGAGCUGGCGAUCCUCGAGCAGAUCUACAACGAGUCGAGGCUGCAUGCGACAAGGCUGGACAGCCAGUACGAGGUGGUGUGGGUCCCUCUAGUGGAUCCUUCGAUCCAGUGGACCGAUGCAAUGCAAACAAAGUUCGACAGCCUGCAAUCCACAAUGCCAUGGUAUACGGUGCACCACCCUUCGUUGAUCCGGAAGGCAGUGGUUAAGUUCGUUAGGGAACAGUGGCACUUCAGGAACAAGCCCAUCCUUGUGGUACUUGACCCGCAAGGCAAGGUUGUCAGCCCCAAUGCCAUCCACAUGAUGUGGAUUUGGGGAAGCAAUGCGUUUCCUUUCACAAGCAGGAGGGAAGAAGACUUGUGGAACACGGAAUCAUGGAAGCUCGAGCUUCUGGUCGAUGGAAUUGAUCCAAUGAUCCUCAACUGGAUCAAGGAAGGGAAGUACAUUUUCUUGUAUGGAGGUGACGACGUAGAAUGGGUACGAAAGUUUACAAACUCAGCCCGAGCAGUUGCUUCAGCAGCACGCAUUCCCUUAGAAAUGGUCUACGUGGGGAAAAGCAGCAAAAGAGAGGCAAUCAGGAGAGUCCUAGCAACGAUCACAGUCGAGAAGCUGAGCUACUUCUGGCAAGAUCUCACCAUGAUAUGGUUCUUCUGGACACGACUCGAAAGCAUGCUGUUCUCCAAGAUCCAGCUCGGGAAGAUUGACGAUCAUGAUCCAAUGAUGCAGGAGAUCAAGAAGCUGCUGAGCUACGACAAGGAAGGAGGGUGGGCUGUUUUGAGCAAUGGCUCAAACAUAAUAUCAAAUGGACAUGGGAACACUGUGUUGACAACUCUGAUCGAGUAUGACCUGUGGAAGGAGCACAUUCCUGUUAAAGGAUUUGAUUUGUCGUUCGAUGAGCACCACAAGAAGAUCCAUGGGGUGACUUACCCUUGCUGUAGGUUCGAGUUUCCUAACACUGCUGGGAGGAUUCCUGAAUCGAUGAGGUGUCCUGAGUGCCAUCGGACAAUGGAGAAAUACACUACUUUCCUCUGUUGCCAUGAUGUGGGAAAUCCUCAUGAGUCAUCGCUGUUCUAGGACUCCCGCAAUUGUUGCUAAAGAGAUGCUGAAGUUUCUUCUUAGAAACUUGGACUAAAUAAAGUUUAUCGGUAUGAUUUGUUGCUUUAUCUUGAUUUUUGUAUCGAGAUUUUCUUCUUGACAUUGCCAAUGACCACUAUGUGGGGUUGGCUGGCUAGUUGAGUUAAAUGAAUAAAGCAUUUGUGCUUUUAUGUUGAUCAAAGCGGCUACAUAUGGAAAGUGUAUCAUAUGGAGUUCCUUCUUCAAUCAUGUGUCACUUUCUUUGUGUACUUUAUGCCAUGUGAAAUA